CCACCCGGAAGCAGUUACCCCAGUGCAGGUGGCGUACAUCCUGAACAUUUGACAACAUUCACCGUCUUUUCUCAGAGAAAACAAACAUGUAAUAUCUCUAUCCACACAGCGAGGAGUGUGUCCAGAGCGGAGCAGACGAGUUAGUGGCUGGAGCAGACUAUUUACUGGUGAUAUUAAAGGUUUACUGGAGAAGAGAAAAGGAUAAAUAGCUCAUUUGCUAAUGGACGUAUUAUUGUUGGCUGUGCCGUCGUGUUGCUGCUAUUUCUCCUCGCCUGUAUGGACAUGUAGCUAAUGUGGAGUUAUCUCUAACACAUCUCACAUUGCUCCAUGUUUAAUAGCAAGGUUAGUGCUCUGAAAGGGAACUGAGGUUGUGCACCCUGCAGGCCUUAUAACGUGUUACUUUACAAACAUUACAGCAGGGUUUCUGGGUUAGUCAGUAAAGCUACCAUAUAAGAUGAGUUUCUUUAGUUUUGGACAAAGUGCAGAGAUUGAUGUGGUGCUGAAUGACGCUGAGACGAGGAAGAAGGCUGAACACAAGACUGAAGAUGGAAAGAAAGACAAAUACUUUCUGUUCUAUGAUGGAGAGACUGUCAGUGGGAAGGUGAAUGUGACUCUGAAGAACCCAGGCAAGAGGCUGGAGCACCAAGGCAUCAAGAUCGAGUUUGUUGGACAAAUAGAGCUGUAUUACGACAGAGGAAACCAUCAUGAGUUUGUGUCCCUGGUGAAAGAUCUUGCGAGACCGGGUGAAAUAACUCAGUCGCAGACCUUCGACUUUGAGUUCACUCAUGUGGAAAAACCUUACGAGUCCUACACAGGCCAGAACGUCAAGCUAAGAUAUUUUCUCCGUGCCACGGUGAUCAGAAGACUAAAUGACAUCAGUAAAGAGACGGACAUCGUGGUGCACACACUGAGCACUUACCCCGAACUCAACUCCUCCAUUAAGAUGGAAGUUGGAAUUGAGGAUUGUCUCCACAUUGAGUUUGAGUACAACAAAUCAAAGUAUCAUCUGAAAGAUGUUAUUGUGGGCAAAAUCUAUUUCCUGCUGGUGAGGAUUAAGAUCAAGCACAUGGAGAUCGACAUCAUCAAACGCGAGACAACGGGCACCGGCCCGAGUGUAUACCACGAAAACGACACGAUCGCCAAGUACGAGAUCAUGGACGGAGCUCCGGUCAGAGGAGAGUCCAUUCCCAUCCGGUUAUUUCUGGCUGGUUAUGAUCUGACUCCCACCAUGCGAGACAUCAACAAGAAGUUCUCUGUGCGCUACUACCUGAACCUGGUGCUGAUCGACGAGGAGGAGAGACGUUACUUCAAACAACAGGAAAUCACACUGUGGAGGAAAGGGGACGUGGUGAGGAAGAGCAUGUCUCACCAGGCGGCCAUCGCCUCCCAGAGGUUCGAGGGCUCGGCCGCUUCAGAGAGUGCCCUGGAACAGGCUGCGAAGGAGGAGAGCGGGUAGAGAGCCGCAGCCCCUCCAAGUUUACCCUCACGAGACUCGACAGCGUCUGCGUCGGAGGGACCCGUCAACUGUGCAACAUCUGGUGAAGCAGCUGUUUUAUUUGUAGCGGCCGCUGCUGGUGAAGGGAGGAAGAAGGGAGACCGACAUACAGUAACGCAUACAGUAUGUGAACAAUGAAACAGUUUGCAUGAGGCAUUCAAAGUGGCUUCAGGCUGCUGGUCUUGUCCUUCCUCAUUAACGCAUUUUUUCUUUUCUUUAUGGGAAUCAAACUAAUCACCUGUCGCCACUGUGUUAAAAACCUUUCAUGUGAUAUUCUUGAAUUUUUAAGUUACUAAAUUCAUUUCUAAUCUUUUAAAUAAUGCGACUAAAUUGUCAUGAAUUUUCAGAAAGUGUAUCUACAACAUUCCACCUUUAAUGAACGCAUUCCUAACACUGUUAUAGGAUUAAGACAUCUGAGAUAACUUUGCACUGCUUUUUCUCUGUUUGUACGUGUUUGCACAAAAAACUAAUGCAAGCGGGAAACUUUUCUUUUUUUGAGCGAGAGGGCUUAAGUAUUAUUCCACACUUUUUUUUUUUUUUUGGUUUUGAUCUGUAAAUAAGACCAGCUAAAACCUUGUAUCCUGUUCCAGCUUGUGUACGUUGACUAUACAGUACACGGUGCCACAAAAAUGACCGUUCAUGUUCAUGUUCAUAUGCUUUUGCCUCGGCAUUCCAGUGGUGUUAGGAGAGGGUGUUUGUAUUAAGGUCUGAUAGUAUGAAGUCCACUGUAUCCUCUUUAUUAGAGACUUGAAAGUUGUGCCUACGUGUAUCAAGCAAAUGAAAUCCUCCUGCCUCUUUAACAUAAUUUUAGUCUUUUAACCAGAGAAAAAAAGUUACAGUAGAACUAUCUAUCUUUUGCAAAAUGCUAAUUAAUUAUUCCUUGUCCCUGAAAGUUAAAUAAAUUGAUGCCAAAUGAAAAAAAAAAAAAAA